UAGUACAAUAAUCAUAAACACCUCCAGAAAAAGAAAAUGGGUAGUAAAAAAAUGAUAAUAAUGUUGGUGGGAAUAUUAGCAAUUGUAUCAAUACUACAAAUUAGGCCAUCAACAGCACAAGAAGAAGAAGAUGUGACUGUUGAAUGCUGGCAAAGGAUCUCAAAUUGCAUAACAAAUUCGACAUCAGAUAGUGAAUUUCUUGAGUGUUGCUCAAUUAUCAAACAAGAGAUUGAAGAAGAAAGGGAGUGUUUUUGUUUGCCAAAGGAUAAUAUACUUCAAGAUGCUAAUACUUCUGCUACUUUUACCCAAAUCUUUUCCUUUUGUGAUAUUUCUGGUUCUUUUCAAACUUUAUGCCCUGGUCCUAGUCCAAGUCCUACCGGAAGUUUGUCUCCCCUAUCACCAGUUGGAAGUCCGGCUCUAAGCCCUAUUGGAAGCUUAGUCCCAUCACCAGCAGGUUCUGUUUCAGACUCAACUCCAGUGCCGUCACCUACAAGUUCUCCACUAAGCCCCAUGGAACCUUUAGUAUUUCCUUCACCACCAGGUACUGAUGACGAUAGUGAUAGUGGGAGUGGGAGCAGCACCCAAAGUAAUAGUACUAACAAGGUUGCAUUUUCAGCUGGAUUACUUACUAAGGCACUAUUCUUAAUCAUUUUGGCGAUAAUGGUGGCUUAAUUGUAUACUUGAAUUAAUCUUAAAUUGAUCAUUUUUCACUUUAAUUUGGAUACACUUUCAUGCAUGGUAACUAUAAUUAUUCUUAAAGAUUUCAAGUUGAUUUGUUUUCAACACAGUACAUUGUAAGCUGACAUUUAAUUUGAUUGCCUGGAUUUAAUUCAGUCAAGGAGUGUGUUACCAUUUUUUUAGGGAAAUCAAUA